AGAAUACAAAGAAAACAUCUUUAAAGAACCUCCAAAAAUGCCUCAGCCAGUGAAAGUUUAUUCUAGAAAAACCACACCUCGGAAUCCCAAAUACAGCCAGUGGAUUCCAAAACGAGGGACUGUGAAGCCAAAGAAAGCAUCUCCAAUGAAAGUGAGAGAUGAUGACCUCCUAUUUCAGCUACUGGAAGAGUUUCCCCACCUGCAUAUUUCCCACCAUACUAUGAAUAAAAUGUGGCAGAAGCAGCUUGCACAUACUGAACAACUUAAGGCAGCUUCUGGCAGAACCAGACCAAAACUCCAAAAUGAAGUUCAACAAGCCCUGAAGAAGCAUGAGCUUCUUGUUGCAAUUAUUAAAAAAGAUCAAGACCAUAACAAGAGACUGCAAGAAUUUAAGCAACGUAUCUGCCGACAGAAAUGGGCUCAGAAUAAAGUGAGAGAGAAACGCCAGCAAGUUGCUCGAGCCAAGAAAUAUUAUGAAGAUUACCGGGUUCAGUUGCGUGCCAAGAUGAUGCGGGCUAGGACACGGGAAGAAAGGAUAUUUAAAAACUUAUUUGAAGAAGGCCUAGAAAUUCAGAAGCAAAGACUGAAGGACAUGAGAGCAUAUGCUCAAGAGAAGCGUGCUGAGCAAAGGAGAGAACAUCAAAAUGAAUUGGAGUCUAUGGAGAACUAUUACAAAGAUCAGUUUUCCAUGCUAGCAGAAGCUUUAUCUCAAGAACGCCAAGAAAUCCAAACCAGAGAGAAAGCACAAGCACAAAUGCUGCAGAAAACAAAAAAGGAAUUGAGAUCAAGGAUGGAAAAGGAAAUACAGCAACUGCAAGCAGCAAUAAUGCAAAGUGAUGAUGACACCUUUUUUCAAGAACUAGAAGCAGACAGACUAAAAUCUAGGCUUCAGAUGGCUUCCUUUCAGUAUAGCAAAAGCUGUUUCUUGUAAGACUUAGGGUAAGCAUCACUGCAGUUUUCUCUGGCUAAGACGAUGAGAAUCUUUGAAAGCUGCUAAAACAGGAAGAUGGUGUGUGGCUGUUUCUCUCUAAAAUAUCUGGUCUGUCAUUUUGACAGGUCAGAGGUGUAGCUGCUCUACAGCACUCUUAUGAUCACCAGUAAAGUUUCUGAACUA